AUGGAUAAUAGCCAAAUCUUCAGUCAUUGUGACCAAUCUUUCAUGAUCAUUGCCUACAUUUCACGUAAUGACAUAUUAUUGUGAAAGAUUCUACAUGAUUUGAGAUUUUUAGAGUCUUCGUAAAGCCUCGUCGUUCUACUUUGGAGAGAUAAUGUGUUCCUUGUGGUCUGGAGCAAUCUUUGCGGCCUUUCUACUUCUGCUUCAUCUGGUCAACAAGAGGAUGAAAGGAACGGCAAAUGUUGUCUGUCCCUCGUUUUGCAUGAAUUCGUCAACCCUUCAUCCAGAACUUCAUCUCUCAGAAAUGGAUACAGUUCUUUCAAAUUAUAAAAUUAAUGGAAUAAAUUCACAAAAUGAAGAGAAGCAAUUAAAGAAGUUUAAAGGAGUGAUAUCCAAGAAUCCAAUAGACAUGCUUGACAAUUCUAUGUUUGAAGUAGGAUUUACAUUCGAUGUGAUCACUGAUGUAGGACACAAUCAGGUUAUUUUUCAGGUUGGAGUAGCCAAGAAGGGGUUAAUUGAUUUGGAUGCGACCCUUGGUAUUCAUGAUAAGGCUUGGUCUAUCGCGGCCGUAGGUUGUGAAAAUAAGUAUAUUUGUUUGAUAGCUCAAUCGGAUGGAAAAGAUAUAGAGAAACUACCAAUAUCUGAAAAUAAAAUAAAUUCUACUGUGUCAAAGAAAAUCAUAUUCCAAUGGAUAUAUUCAAAGAGAGAAUUACUGGUUUCUCUUAACAUACCUGAACACAGGUUUGUCAAGUUUGAAGAUAUUGCGUUAGGGGAAGACUUGCAUCCAGCAUUUGCAAUAUACAACCCCACACUUGCUAAAACUACCCUUACCCUUCUUAAAACAAGCCAUCUUGAAAUGGAUGUGACCACUCUUCACAGAACGGUUUUUAUGUCUGAUGAUAACAACACUAUUUCUAAUUUCAAAGUAAAUGAAAAGUUCACUAGGAGAAAUAACAGGGGAAAUCUUAUUAAAUACAAGGGUGCUAUAGGGGAUGUCCAGUUCAACAAGAUGCUGUAUUCUGGUUUACCUGAAUACUUUGAAGUGGUAGCGUCUAUAGAUAUCAUCGCUUAUGAUACUGAAACGCAGGGAUGUAUAUUUGAAGUAGGGUUUACCCGACAGCAUUUAGUGGACCGUGGAAAAACUAUUCGGUAUCUAGCAACUGGAUGGGUGAUUUGUGCAAAGAGGUGUCAACAAGAUAGAAACGCCAUUUGUCUUCAAACGUGGCACGAUGGUCAACAGCAAAAAUCAUCAACUAUUUAUCAUCUUAGUAAAUCAAAAAGAUACAAGGAUGAAAUUGUUCUUGGUUUUUUUCUGGAUUCGAGAAGAGGUACAAUUGAGUUUAUCAGAAGAUCUCCCAAGAAACAGAUAGAUUUGUUCAAUAAUGUACCUUUUAGCAAAGGUAUCUACCCUGUGUUUGGUAUUAAUUACCACCAAAAAGUCUCUUUGAAAUUACAGACAGCCGCAUCCAUUCCACGAUUAAGCUUGUUUGGAUAUCAUUUUAAGAAACCUGUUUGUUUAUUAUAAAAAGUGUGAAGCAAUAUGAGCUGCAACUUCCAUGUCAGAAUUCUUUUGUUGCAAAAUUAUAAAUAACUAUUUCAAUUACGGAAAACAAAAACAUUAGUAAACUUCUGUUGUUCAUUUUUGUGAUGGAAGAACUAUUUAUAAGCUUCAAUUAAAUGAAAAUUACAUUAUUGUCGUCCUGUAAAAUAAUGCUUUCUUAUAUCAAACUGUAUAUUGGAUU